AUGUGUGUGUCGGAGGAGUUCGGAACGCGUUUCUUCGGCUGUAUACUCAAUCUAUGGCUGCUACCCCUCGUUUGUGGUGUCGGUCUAAUCCUUAAUAUCGGAUGUCUCAUCGUCUUUUUCUCCACACGGGGACACCCGUUGGUUCCGGCCCUAAUAUUCCUAUCGUUCUGCGACUGUUUUCAACUAUUCUUCUCAUUUCUAGUCUUGUUCCUCCCGGCACUCCAUGACUUCUCACAAUCGACACCAUACUCUACUUUGGGCCAACUCGCGUACUUAUCCACUGGACUACUGUCACCCCUACUAUUGGCAUUUAAUUGUGCAAGUAUUUGGACGAUUUGCUUCAUUUCGAUACAGAGGCAUCGGGCAAUCCUGCGACCUCUCUCCAGCAUCUCCUCCCCAUCCAAAGCGUUCAAACCUCUUCUUUUCAUCUCAGCCAUGUCUCUUCUGUUCAACGGAUGCAAGUGGGCGGAGUUUCGAUGGUUUUGGUCACAUGACCCGACGAACUCAUCGGAUUAUCAGUAUAUUUUGGCUCAUGAACCAUCGGAUUUGGCCAGAAAUGAGAAUUAUCAUCGAGUGCUCGACAAUCUCCUCUACCCACUGCUCGUCUACCUCGUCCCUCUCCUUCUUCUCUCUGUUCUCAAUUUUCGGAUCCUCACGAAUAUCUCCAAUCGGAGGGUCUCUUUCGAUCACAAAUCCAGAUAUGCACAGGAACGUCGUUCCGUCACCCUGCUAAUCUCAAUAGUCACAAUGUUCUUUCUGUGUCAUACGGGCGGUUUGGCGUAUCGAUUUGUAGAUCAAGAGAAAUAUAACAAUUCCGAGUUGUUCGUGUUGCUCAAAGAUAUCAUCAAUCUACUAUUCAAUGUCUAUUCGUUUGCGAAUCCAUUGUUAUAUUUCGUGUUUACGCGGCAAUUCCGUGAUCUCAGAUCAAUGUGGAAUUCGCAUUUCGCGUCGCCGGCGUCUCGGACGGAAAGUUAUGCGAUUACGAGCUCCAAAUCCAGUUCCUCCAAAGCGCAACGUCACCUCUCGAUGCCCUCACUCUACCGUACCCCGUGUGUCAGUGGAAAGUUGCUACCGUAA